AUGGAUUCCGCGCUGAACGUGGCAGUAAACGGGAGCAACGAGUACCGGUGGGAGCAGAGCUUUGACGGAGUCGUUGUCUACGUCGACCUCCCCGCGGGGCUGCGGAAGGCAGAUGUGACCGUGAAUUUUUCCCCGCGGGAACUAUCCAUACGCUUAGGAAAAGAUGCGGAACUCAAAGGAAAGCUCUGCAAGAACGUAGAUACAACGGAAUCCACGUGGCUGAUAGGGGAUGGGAAGCUGGAGGUGCACCUCACCAAGGCAAUCAAGGGCGAGGUGUGGACCUACAUCUUCGAGGGCGACCGUUGCCUCGAUGAGCUCAACGCGGAAGGCGACAAGAAACGCCUGCUGCUGGAGCGGUUCCAAAACGAGCACCCAGGGUUCGACUUUUCAGGCGCCGAAUUCAACGGCAUGGUGCCAGAGCCGCGCACGUUUAUGAAGGAUAUCUGA